CUCCUUAUCGAUUAGUCUGGACUCCGUGCCGUAUAAUCGAUCCCCUCCCCAUCGCACCGCACCGCACCGCACCCGACCGUUGGUUCUAGAUUCGGCGAUUGGCAUCCUUUCGACCCUCUUCGGCGUAUAGUGAUUGUGCCUCGCUUACGGCUCACGUCCAUCGCAUCUUCGCUCAAUCGACCUCCCCGUCCUCUUCCCCGUCCUCCUCCACCUCCCGUCCUCCACCACCACCACCCAACGAACGACCCUCACCCGCACAAUGGCCGGCCCGUCCAUCCAGGAUCGCACGGGCGAGUUCCACGCCAUUCUCGGCCAGGCCCAGAAACGCCUAGCCUCCAGUAAAGCCGGCCCUCAGCGCCAGGCCCUUCUGUCCGAUGCGCAGCGUCGACAAGCCAAUGGGUCCGCCGAUGCACAACACCCGGGGAAGCGACGGUCGGAGUUUGCGCGGAGAGCCGUGGAGAUCGGACGCGGGAUCACGGCGACGACCGCCAAGUUGCAACGGCUGGCUGAGUUGGCAAAACGCAAGACCCUCUUCGACGACAGACCGGUCGAGAUCUCCGAAUUGACCUAUGUCAUCAAGCAAGAUCUCGCUUCCCUGAACCAACAGAUCGCCUCGUUGCAAGCGCUCACCCUCUCCCAACAUCCGAAGAACACCCGCUCCAAAGCGGACCAGGAAGGCGAGCAUAAUGAUAAUGUGGUCGUGAUGCUGCAAGGCAAACUGGCCGACGUGGGCGCCAACUUCAAGGACGUCCUCGAAGUGCGCACGAAGAACAUCCAAGCAUCGCGCUCGCGCACCGAGAACUUCGUCUCCUCCGUCUCGCAAAAGUCCCACACGGCCCUCGACCCCCAGCGCUCCGACUCCCCGCUUUACAAUCCCUCCGGCCGGCGGACGCCCCAGCCCGGCGGUGGCGGCGGCGGCGGUGGCGGCGGUGCCGACCUUCUGACCCUGGAACCCACAAACCCGUCGCCGCUGGGCCGGCCGUCGAUCCACUCGGACCAGCAGCUCCUCGUGAUGGAGGAGGCGCAGACGAACAACGCCUACAUCCAGGGCCGCGGCGAGGCGAUCGAGGCGAUCGAGCGGACGAUCAGCGAGCUCGGCGGGAUCUUCGGGCAGCUGGCCCAGAUGGUCAGCGAGCAGUCGGAGAUGAUCCAGCGCAUCGACGCCAACACGGAGGACGUGGUGGACAACGUGCAGGGCGCGCAGCGCGAGCUGAUGAAGUACUGGACGCGGGUCUCCGGCAACCGCUGGCUGAUCGCCAAGAUGUUUGGCAUUCUCAUGAUCUUCUUCCUCCUCUGGGUGUUAAUAUCGGGAUAAAGACGCCCUUCCCCUGCCCCUUGGCCCCAAACUCAACCACGAACCACCUCUUCCCCUUCGACCCCUCAACAUAAUGUAAUAAUACCAGGUCCAUGU